AUGAUUGCUAGUAAUGAAUUAGUUUUAGGAGAUUAGUAAAUUUAAAUAUGAUGUAGACCUAAAUAAAUUAAGUGUCCUUUUUGCUCAAAUUCAACAGUUUCAACAGUUACUUUUAAGAAUGGCUAUAUAAGCUAUAUUACGUGUUUCUUAGUUUUACUAAUUUUUGGAAUUAUGGCAAGUCUACUACUAAUACCAGUAAUUAUGAUAAUUACAAGAACUUUAAUUCAUAAGUAAUUAAAAAUUAAAUGAUUUUAGAUGUUCUGCAUGUAAUGAAGAUAUUGGUGGAGAUGGAAAAGUAUUUCAUGUAUUAGGUGUAAAGGAUUCAGUAUGAGUAUUAAUAUAUUUUUAAAGAUGAUGUCAUUCAAAAUUGGAGAAUUUGGAGUUAUUUUAACAAAAAGAAUAGUUAUUGGAAUAUUGUUAUUAAUCUUAACAUUAGGAGUAUUAUGGUAUAGAAUAAUUGAUUUACCAACUUCAUAAUGGAUGGAUUAUCAUUAACAUCACAAUCCAAAUAUCACUAUAACUGAUACUUGGACUGAUUAUUUAGAGAAAUGUGCAAAAUAGAAAAUAUUUCAAAAUCUAUAAUUUUAAUAAAUUUGUUAUUAAAAAUAUAUUGACCGAACAAUAGUUGAUUGGAAAGGUAUAAUAUAAUAAAUAACUUCAUUUUAGGAUAUGCAAUAAGAGUAGAAGAUAAUCAAUAAUCUUUAUUGAAAUUCUUACAUCAUUCUGUUAAUAUUUUAGUUAAAAUGGAUCCUGCAGAGAGUGAAUUUCAUCCUGAUUUGUUAUUGACUGCAGAUAGUGAAAUAGCUUCUGAAUUGUGUAAUUUUAUUAUAGAUUCUUUUAGCUUCAGAAAUUGAGAAAUUAGAAAGAGGCAGUGAAUUUAUUUUCACAGCUAUUAUUAAAUCCAUAGGAGAUUUCUAAAAUAUCAGACAUUUUCAUCUUUUAAAUAUAACACAAUUAGAAAGUUACAUUGAAAUUCCACCUCAUCUUCAUUAAUAAAGCAGAUAUGGAAAUUCUUAACAAUUUUUAGCUUCAUCAACUGAUUGA